GGUAGACAGCUCUCAGGAAAGAUGCCCUUUUGUCACAAUAUCCUUAAUAUGUCCUGUGUGAAAAGCAACUGGUCGAAUGACAUCCGUGCUUCCCUGUAUUCUUUAAUGGUGCUCGUAAUUCUGACAACACUGGUUGGCAAUCUGAUAGUUAUUAUUUCCAUAUCACACUUCAAGCAACUUCAUACUCCAACUAAUUGGCUCAUUCAUUCCAUGGCCACUGUGGACUUCCUUCUGGGGUGUCUUGUCAUGCCUUACAGCAUGGUGAGAUGUGUUGAGCACUGUUGGUAUUUUGGAGAAUUCUUCUGUAAAAUUCAUACCAGCACUGACAUUAUGCUUAGCUCAGCGUCCAUUUUCCACUUGUCCUUCAUCUCCAUUGACCGCUACUAUGCUGUGUGUGACCCAUUGAGAUACAAAGACAGGAUCAAUAUCUUGGUUAUUUUUGUGAUGAUAUUCAUUAGUUGGAGUGUCCCGGCUGUUUUUGCAUUUGGAAUGAUCUUUCUGGAGCUAAAUUUCAAAGGAGUUGAAGAGAUGUAUUACAAACAUGUUCCCUCUAUGGGGGGGUGCUCUGUCUUCUUCAGCAAGAUAUCUGGGGUACUUGCCUUUAUGAUUUCAUUCUAUAUACCUGGAUCUAUUAUGUUAUGUGUCUAUUAUAGAAUAUAUUUUAUAGCUAAUGGGCAGGCGAGAUUAAUUAAUGGUAUGAAUCAGAAGCUUCAAAUUGGAUUGGAAGAGAAACAUGGAAUUUUACGAAGCAAAGAAAGGAAAGCAGCAAAGACAUUAGGGAUUGUGAUGGGCGUUUUCCUAAUAUGUUGGUGCCCUUUCUUUCUCUGUACAGUCAUGGAUCCUUUCCUGGACUACACUAUUCCGCCCACCUUGAAUGAUGCUUUGAUUUGGUGUGGCUAUUUGAACUCUACCUUUAAUCCAAUGGUUUAUGCAUUUUUCUAUCCUUGGUUUAGAAAAGCAUUGAAGAUGAUUCUAUUUGGUAAAAUUUUCCAAAAAGACUCAUCUAUAUGUAAAUUAGUUUUAGAAUCAAAUUCAUAGAAUUAUUACAUUUCACUUUUGUACAAGAAAUCUGGCAAUUAUACUAUUUAUGAGCACAUGAUAACCAACUACAUGAACUAACA